AUGGAUCCUGACAUCCAGAGGGACAAAAGCAAAUACUGCCAUUUCCAUGAAGGUUACGGCCAUGACACGGAUAGGUGCUGGGACCUCAAGAGAGACAUAGAGCAGCUAAUUCAAUCUGGAUUGUUGAAGAAGUUUGUCAAUGACAGACCUGGAGAUAAAAGGAAAGGGGAGCUAAUAGAGAAAGAAAAGCAGAACAAGAAGAAAAAAGAGGUCGCAGGCGUAGUACACGUGAUAGAAGGAGGAGAGCCCUACAGCAACAAUCAGAAAAAGAAAAGAAAUAGAAGAGGGUCAGCCACUCUAUUUUCAAUUGAAAGAGAAGUAAUUCCAGAAGUAUCAUUCGGACUGGACAAUGGGCAUCACUUCUAUGAACCUGUUAACCCUGGAAGCAUUCAAAGAGAUGAAAGGCUUAGCAACAGAUCUGCGGAAGUCCUCAGUCCCACUAGUGGGUCUCGGAGGAACACCAAUACACCCGGAGGGGACGGUCAACUUAUACGUAGAGUUGGGAAACAAAAAUGA